AUCAUUGAUAUCAACAUGCGUUUCUCUUAUUCUUUAUUGUUUGUCCUGUGUGCAUCACUAUGGGUCGUUUCUGCCACUAGAGUUUAUUUAGAACUCGAGCAAAGCGUCGGCCCUCAUUCUAGAAGCGGUUGGCGCGUCGUGAGGCGUUGUUUUCCGCACGAUUUCGUGACUCUCACGUUUGCGUUGAAACUGCAGAAUGUGGAGACUUUGGAGAGAAACUUUUGGGACAUUUCGACGCCAGGGAGUGUGCGCUAUCGACAGCAUAUGUCGUUGGCCGACGUGCAGGCUCUGACGGCGCCUGGCGAGGAGGCUAGACGAGGCGUGGAGGCGUGGCUGAGAGGCGUGGGUGUGGACGUGGGUGGGGCGUGUCGGGCUACUGGUGAUUUCUUGGAGUGUUUGGUUUCGUGCCGGACAGCGGAGCAGUUGUUAGAUACCCGUUUUUUUCGAUAUGAGAAUGAGUACAAUGAAACGGUGAUGAGAGCUGAUAAGCUCUACUCUGUGACGUCUGAUGUAUCACCAUUUCUUGACUUCGUUGGUGGAACGCACCGAUUUCCAAGCAGACGAUUGUCUCCUCAUUUUUCAUCUCCGAAAGGCCUCUUUGUUACACCCAGUGUACUGAGACGACAAUACAAUGUCUCAGACAAUGUGGGCAACGUGGACAGCAACAAGCAAUGUGUGGCACAGUUUUUGAAUCAGCAUUUUUCUGAACUCGACUUGAAAGAAUUCUUUUUGCUCUAUGGAGAAUCGUUUACACACAAAAACAGCGUCGACAAGGUGAUUGGCCCAGACUCGGGACUUUCCGGAGGAGAGGCAUCACUCGACGUUGAAUACAUCAUGAGUCUAGGGGCAAAUAUUUCGACUUGGUUUUGGAGCACACCCGGACUUCACGAUCAUCAGGAGCCGUUUCUUGAGUGGAUUAUUGCAGUUGGCAAUACAAGUGAUGCACCUAAUGUUAUCAGUGUGAGCUAUGGAGAUGACGAGGAUUCGCUCUCUGUUAGCUACAUGGAGAGAAUAAACCAAGAGUUUAUGAAACAGGGAGUCCGAGGGAUAUCCAUACUGUUUGCUAGCGGAGAUUCUGGUGCUGGUUGCAAAGACGACACAGUUUUUGUGCCCAAUUUCCCUACCAGCAGUCCAUAUGUGACUUCAGUGGGAGGAACAGAAUUUUCAGGGGUAUUUUCAAAUGGAGAGGUUGGAAAUUACAUCAGUGGAGGAGGAUUUUCCAAUGUCUUCUCGUGCCCCGGCUACCAGCAAAUUGCAGUCCAAAACUUCUUAAACAGUUCAAAGCAUCUGCCUGAUGCCAAGUUUUUCAACAAGACUGGACGUGCUUAUCCGGAUAUCUCAGCAUUGUCUGAUGGUUUUCUAGUCAUCGCUGACCUUCUCCCAACAAUUGCUGCUGGAACUUCGUGUGCAUCUCCAACGGUAGCCGGGAUCGUAGCAUUGGUGAACGAUCGGCUCCUACAUGCAGGAAAACCUGUUCUAGGCUUCCUCAAUCCACUACUUUACCAACAUCAAGAUGCAAUGAAUGACAUCACAGACGGCUGCAAUGGUGGUUGCGAGGGUACUGGGUUUUGCUCUCAAUCUGGAUGGGAUCCUGUCACCGGCAACGGUGUUCCAAAUUUUCCCGCUUUCUUAAAGGCUGCUCUCAGUGUCUGAUUGCUAACAUCAGUCAAUGAUCUGGGUGACAUGAAUAUUGGUGUCUGUGACGUUCUGUAUUGGAUUAACUGUGUCUCAUUGUUUACCUGCUGGUUUAGUAUGUGACUGUUGUUUGUUUACCGAAUCCUGUUGGUAGGCUAUCACGUUUGAUGCCUUUGUUGGUGAUCUUUAUCGUGAGAUCCUAUAGAUUAUAUGAAAACGUGGUAACCUGUGGCAUUUGAGUGCCCUGAAUUGUGUGUGUGCAAUACUGGAACGUGAGAAAUAAUUGUG